GCUUGGUCCCCGGAUGGCUCAACAGAGUAGAACAACCCAGUAGGCAGACGGGGAGAGAGAGAGUGGACAACCCAAACACACGCACGGUUAGCGGACAACUAUCAAACAACGACGGCCUGACAGCCAUUUAAAUUAACAGAUUAUCUUCACCGGUAAACAAUGUGACCAAGUGAGAAGGACCCCGUGGUGAGGACUUGUCAGAAACACAUGACAACCAACUUUGGUUGUUGUGAGAGGCGCAUCAUGGCAUCUCAGCCGAGUGUAUAUAGUGAAGAAAGGAACCUUCUUCGCCUCCGAGCAUGGGAACAGAGGAACCAAGAAACAAGCCAAGCCAAAGAACUCAACCCUGAGAAUGUGCCACUCUUUGGGCAACCAUACAAGACAAACAAAGGGGAUGAGCUUUCCAAUCGAAUCAAGAGGAUGCUGGGCAGUUAUGAAGAUGUGAAUAAUCCCUAUCCCUUUGCCAUUGAGCCUUUACCCAUUCCUACUUAUGUAACCUUCUCACAGUCAGAUCAGGUUCAGCCAAACAGGGAUAAAUCAACCAAACCACCAUUCCAUAACCAGGUCUAUCACAUGUCCACCCAAAGUCAGAAAGCCCCCUCUAGUAACAGUUACUCCUCUCAGCCCACGAGGACGUCCACUGCCUCCUCCUCUCCUAACCAUCAUGGACAUUCAUCCACUUUCUCAAAUGCGUCUUUGAACCACAGUCAGGGCAGUCAGCUCAGCCACUCAGCACAUCAACAAAUGAAGAGUGAAGCCCAUUCAAAUCUCAGGGAGCAUGUCAGCCUUCCCCAGGAAAUGUCUUCUCAGUCUCCUGAUGCUAAGCUGCUACCCUUCCUACGUUCCAGUGACCAUGAUAACGCUGACAUGGACAAUAAGGACAUCUUUGAUAGACAUCAGCUUCAAGGGUCUACAGAUCACCCCUCUGAGUCUGUCAGCACCGUGGAUGUUUCCACAUUUAAUCAAAAACAGUCCCCCAAAGAUGCAUCCCUGCCUCAAGGCAACAAGGGUAACGCACUACUUUCUCAGACCUUCCCCUCACUCCUGUCGUCUAAGCAGCCCAGCGUAGUCAUGACCCAGAAGCCAACAGCGUAUGUGCGGCCCAUGGAUGGUCCGGACCAGGUGGUCAGCGAGUCACCUGAGCUAAAGCCUUCACCAGAGCCGUAUGUACCUCUACCGGAGUUAAUCAACGAAUCUGACCUGGGCAAAACAAAGAUACUGCCACAAUUUUUGGAGACAAGGACAAAUGAAGUUCAAUGUGUCGAGGACAUCUUGAGGGAAAUGACCCACUCAUGGCCCCCUCUCCUGACAGCUAUACACACACCUAGCGCAGGUGAACCCUCCAAAUCUCCAUUCCCAGCCAAGGAAGCAGAGCAUGUCUCUUCAUGUCCAGGAAAAAAAAACUAUGACUCCUCUCCUGCAGAUCCAUCCCAGCUUAUCCAGCAGAGCUCCUCAUCCUCAUUUCAAGCAGCACAUUCCAGAGCGGUAGAGUCUGCUAGCUCCAGCGACUCAGAGAGUAGCUCAAGAUCUGAGUCAGACAGUGAAAGCACCACCGAGGAGCCACCCCAACCCCCAGUGAGCCACUCAGUUAAAACGGAGCCUGAUGCUCCAGCAGUGACCCAUGGUGAUUGGCAGUUGGGGAACUGGAUCAGGUCCAGCCAGCAGAACUCCAGCACUGAAAGUCAAAGUGGUGCACAUGUCUCUGAGUGUCCUGCUCACAAACAGCCACCGCCCACUCAAAGCUCCAAGCACUCCAGUGUAGAGGUGGUCGACCCCACCAGGGAGUCUAAACCUCAGCUUUCUGCUCACCCAAAAGAGUUCACUGAUAAGCUUGCAAAACCCCAGCAGCACAAUGAAAGCACUCAGGACAACCACACCCAGCAAAGUAUCCAAAAAUUUCCCUCUGCUGAUUUGAACAGCUGUAGCAGUUCCAGGAAACUUUCAUGCAACACGCACUCCUCAAAACCAGCGAAGGCAGGUUGCCCAGAUCACACUGAAGCAGCUCUUGCCGUGAAGUGUGAGGAUGUUGUAGCCACGCGAGACAAAGACCCCUGUUUCACAGAUAGACCCAAGGUAAAGACGAAAACAGGACAUAGCAAGGACAGCAGUGACACAAAAAGAGACAGCACGAGGACUUGUAAACACAUGUCACUCGACAAGCGGAAGGCUGGAUCAGAGCCUAAGCCUGAAGUCAAGUUGAUCCUGUAUGGUCCUUGUCCAUCGUGUGGUGUGCGAUAUCCUAACCCCUGCUCCUGCCCCACCCAAAGUGCUGCUCAGCCUGACCUGUUGUCUCUUGCCCCAUCUGUCCGAAUCAGUUGUAGCAAAACAAAGUCAGAGACUAUCUGCCAGAAGGGCACCAAGAUUCAUCACAAAACAACCCACAAGCUCUCAGAGAAGACUAGGCAUACAGCUAAGAGUUUUCGGGACCCCCACAGGCCUCCUAGAACCCUGCUGGUGAAGAUUGAUCUAAGUCUGCUCUCAAGAGUCCCCCAGACCUCCGGCAACCACCAGGAGAUACCCAGCAAUGCAAAGAGAUCAGCACUGGUCAUAGAGCAUAAUGUAGGGGGCAGUGAUGCUUCAACAAUACACAAACGCACCAAAACCAGCAAAAAGAGCAUACCUCAAAAUGUUGAGGUAGAUAACAAAACUAUUCCCAGGAAGAAACCGAGGCUGGAAAACAAGAAAACCUCUUCAACUAGUGCUCUUAUCAAAGUGGAUUCAGUCAGAUCACAGAAGCUCUCUCAUCUUGUCACCGACAGAAGUUGCAGCAAUUCAGCAGAGGACCGGGAGCGAAAGAAGGCCAAGAAAAAUCCUGUUCCUUUGCAGCAGCCUCUUACACCCAAAGACAGUGUGAAAGACUCAAAGUUACACAAACACAGUUCUGGGGAGACCCAGGAGUCCAGUAAGGAGGCUGUAAAGAGCAAAGAGUCUUGUAAGCACAAGAAGAGCAGUGGAAAGCACACAGAGCACCCAGAAAAGCAGAAGCCCCCAAAGAGCAGCCUCGCCGUCCCAUCAUCUUCACAGCACGCCAGGGAAGCUUCGACCAACAGGCCCUUGCUCAGAUUUGAGGACAGGCAGUAUCCAGUGAAGCAUUACAUAAAGGAGGCUAAAAAACUGAAGCACAAAGCAGAUGCAGAGUCAGAUAAGCUCAGUAAAGCUUUCAACUACUUGGAUGCGGCCAUGUACUUUGUUGAGAGUGGCAUUGCCAUGGAAAAAGAUCCACAGAUUUCAAUGUCUUCCUACACUAUGUUUGCAGAGACCGUGGAACUGCUCAAGUUUGUACUGAAACUUAAAAACUCAGUGGACCCCUCUGCUCCACCCUCAGAAAAGGACUUUUUAGCUUUAUGUUUGAAGUGCCAGUCUCUCCUGCAGAUGGCCAUGUUUCACCACAAACACAAAACUGCACUCAAAUACUCAAAGACCCUCACUGAUCACUUCAAUAACUCUGCUCAGACAACACACGAUCCUUCUGUCUUAACAUCAAAAGCCACAAACACCCCGUCCCCCAACAUGCCGUCUCCAGCCAACACAUCCACCAGCUCAGGUCCUGGCUCCAACCACAGUGGCAACGGGCUAGUUGUGGACCCUAUCGGCAGCACUGUGGCGGUUCCCCAGGCCAUUGAACAAGUGGCAUUCACCUAUGUCAACAUCACUACGUUAUUCUUGAGUGCUCAUGACCUCUGGGAGCAGGCGGAGGAACAGGCACAAAAAGGCAGCGGUAUGCUGAGAGAGCUGGACACAGUUAUGGGCCCAUUAAGCCUGACGUCAAGUAUGAGCUGUAUGGUCCGUCAUACAAGACAGGGUGUCCACUGGCUGAGGCUGGACAGCCAAAAGGUAAAGUGACCAGCAACCAGCUGCCGUUCCUGAUCUCUGAUACCGACCUGAACUGUCCCUCAGACUUGUGCCAGUUGUCUUUUUCUUUACUUCACAUGUAACUCAUCUCAUCAAAAAGGUAGACACAAGAUGUCACCUCAUUUCCCACCAAGGAUACCACACUGAUCUUUGCACUUGUUAGUCAUUGUUUUCUCUCAUGUCCACUUUUGUAUCUCUCUCUUUUUCUCUGGCACUUUUAUGAACUUGGGUGCCAUCUGCUAUAAUCCACAUAUUUCAUGUCUUGUACCUCCUCUGUACCUUCGUGUUCCUCUAUCAGCUAAUGUCAUGAAAUAAUUUGGGAAUCACGGCUUUAUUCAUAAUUUUACGCAGCCUUAUCAUGUGGUUGUGGUGCAAGUACUGACACAUUAUUUAUUAUCACAACUUUUGUUAUUAAUGUGACUAUUAUUAGUGACCUGACCUGCAAAAAGGCACUUAAAUCAUUGUAUCAUGUUUAGACUCGUCACCACACAGUUUUUGCUUAUUGAUUUUAUUUAGUUUCCCUUUUCAGUCUAAAAUAUUGGUGUGAUUUGGAUUCAGGGAUUUUGAAUUUUUUUUAAAUUCUGCAUUGUAUUUCUCCCACAAAUCAUGUCAGUAUCACCCAUGAGAAUUCAAGGGUGCAUGUCACACAGGGCUGAAGUCAUUUAUUAUAACAUUUGAACUGAUGACACGGUCUAAUUUUGACUAUAUUGCUGCCAAAAAGUUAGUACUAUUAAAUCAGUACUCAGUUUAUUCAUUUUAGCUAAUCCCUUGUUAGCAUCUGUAUUUUCAGUUUUUCAAAUGAGUGUUGCCAGAUUUACACAGCUGUGGUUAGAUUGAACACACACUUCUUGUGCAAUAAGUGCAUUUAUAAGGAUAAAUAAAUAAAAAAAACAUGCGCCACACAUUAGACAUUUGUCCUCAACAAAAUACAUGUUGAAUGUAGGUUGAAUAAUUUAUAGAUUGAGUGUUCCCUGUAACAAAUGUAAAUCUGGACACAUUCAAAUCACAAUCCACAUAUGAAUAAUGAGAUAAGGAGGCAAAGUAGGAAAGGUUUUAUUAUUUCAGGGGAGAUGUUCCUGCAGUCUUUUGAUGAAUGAAGAAGUUGUGUAAUUGUAGCAUCGGUGGAAUUUAAGGCAUAAUCAUUUCUUCUUAGGUCGUACCUGUGUGCUCUUGUAAGUUGCUGGUUUGCAUUCUUGUCUGUGUCAGGGUAAAUGAUGGUUGGAUGGAAAUUUCUGAUGUCAUGUGGUUUUGGUAUGUUGGUUGGUGGCUGCAGCUCAGGGUUGUGGCAGAGGUGAUUUUGGCUGUCCUCUUUUUCGGGCUGGUAAUGACAAGUAGCGACUAGUUUGUUAGACCAAAGCAGACUAGAUUUUAUUCUCAUCAUCCGGUUUUUAAAAAAAUAAAAAAUUGUGCCCUCCUUCUAAUGGAAAUUAUACAAGCAUCAAAGUAAACAUCUUAAUUAUAGAGGUUUCUUGGUUAACUAAUUUGCAAGAACAAAAAAAAGGUGGGGGAAUAAUUUUACAUCCCCGACUUUCCUUAGGUUUAGUGGUGGAUGAAGUGGUUCACAUUGACCGCCAGUUUGAGUUACCUUUCAAGUAUAGUGAAGCUACCACAGUCGUUCAACAGAUAUGAAACUACAGUAGUGUUCCCUUUUUAUUUGUUUUUGCACCAGUAAGCUACUUUCCUCUGUUUCCCACACUUUUGUUGAGUAGCAAAUGUUAAGUUACAAAAUGUUUACUAAAUCUGUGGGAGUAGAAUAAAUGACCAGACCAUAGCUUACUAAAAAAAUGCACUUUUUUGAGUAUCUGUAGUUAAUUUCAGUGUUAUUGGACAAAAGAACACCACGUUCCCAAGACCGACAGGACCGUGCUGGUCUUUACUCUUGUUUAUUUUAACUUUGAUUCUAAGCAAUAAAGCAUGAGUUUUGUUGGCUCAAGUUUUUUAGUGAGGUGUCGACAUAGUUAUCACAGGUUCUUAUUGAUUCACAGGGGGAUACAAAAAUAAUCUGUAUGAAGUAGUGAUGCAAGAAAAAAAACAUUGCUGUAGAUUAGUGCAUUAAAAUAAGUACCAUUGGGUUUUGAAAUGUUUCACUUGUUAAUUCAGUUGGUGUGUCUGAAUUAACAAGGUGCGAUAAAAGGGCUAAACAAGGUUCACAAAGUGUUCCUAACUUUAUUUUCUCACAUAAAUGAUAGUGAUAUUUUUUUUAAGUAAGGAGCGAGUACACUGGUGCCACGGCAUUUGGGAUUAUUUUUAUGUACGGAUCAUCGGCAGGCUGCUAUAGAAAUUAUCUUUAGAGUUUCUUACCACAGAUGUCUACACUGCAUACAAGGUCAUUUUGGCAUUCGACAUUCAUAAAAAGUGCAACUGCAACUUGUCUUUUCCAACCUGUGGCUUUAUUUCCAUCAUCCUUGAUUGUUGGUGCUUUGUUUAUGAAUUACUCUGCAACAAGUUUACACAUAAUUAUUUACUGGAAAAAUGCUCAGAAAGGUUUUUGAAGGAUGCUUUUUUUCCUUUUGUGAAAUAUGUAAAGAAUUUGUGUUGCAGUGUACAGAGAUAAAUAAACACUGGAAAUUAA